AUGCUCUCUCAAUCGUCUCCCAUUCCUGAUGAGGACGCCAACAAGCUACUUAGUCCCAGCUUUUACAAUAUCAACACCGGCGGCCCUGGUCCGACGUGUGCAUCGACUUCGACACCUAUUCUUUCUCGGCAACUUCAAGGAAGUUCUCGAUCUCGUCGUUCGAGUGCAUCCACCACUUGUGGUAUAACUCCACCCGAUUCACCACAAAAAUCAGUCUCCAGCAUCAGCAAAAAGAAACGUCAAAAGUCACCAGAUGAUCCUGCAAGUGCAAAACGCAAUGCCGAGUUUCACUCAAUGUUUCGGAGCAUACCCGAAGAUGACCUAUUAAUGGAUGAUUAUGGCUGCGCAUUACAAAAAGAAAUCUUAGUCCAAGGUCGCAUGUAUGUCUCCAAGCGUCACAUUUGCUUUAAUGCAAAUAUCUUUGGAUGGGUUACCAAUCUUGUGAUUGAUUUCGCCGAUAUUAUCGACAUUGAGAAACGAACUACUGCCAUCUUUAUUCCCAAUGCUAUUCAAAUUUCUACUCAUCAAUCCAAGUAUUUCUUUGGUUCAUUCCUUUCACGUGAUCAAGCCUUUGAUCAACUCAAGGCUUUAUGGCAUGAAGUUCAAAAGCGAUCCCAAUCCACUGAUAGUGGUGAUAGCACGACAACCAAAGUGGAUGAUGGAUACGAGGAUGGGUUGUUGACCGAUGAUACGCUUUCUACUCUAUCGGGUGGUUACUCUAUGGAUGGUGAUACAUUACCCCCUCCUCCUCCUACCUUGGUGAGUCCACUGGAUAAACCACCAUCAGUAGAUUUAUCCCAUCGGCCUUAUGAUCGUCAAAAAUCGCUUGCAACAAUAACGGCAGCGACAACCAAUCGACCCCAUCCAUCGCUUGAUCGCAGACGUACUGCAUCCGAAUCCCAGCUAUCUGCAAGAAAGAACGUUCAACAAAAUCAACGUAGUGAUACGACCGUAUGCUCGUGUGAUACCAAUGGUGGUCAUUAUACCCAUACAGUCAUGGACCAAAUGUAUUCCUCAAGCAUUGAAACGAUCUACGGUAUCCUUGCCAACCGCGCAUUCUUGCAAAAGUUCCUUUCAGAAACCGAAAAGAAUACAGAUGUGCAAGUUGGCCCUUGGGAGAAAGGGGAUGGUGGGGUGUCGGGGCAUUUCACCCGUGACAUAUCCUACAUCAAGCCAUUGAACAAUUCUAUCGGCCCACGUUCAACCAAAUGCCUCUUGAAGGAACAAGUCAAACACUUGGAUCUUGAAAGUUCGGUCACUCAAGUCAUUACCACCCAAACCCCUGAUGUUCCAUCUGGUGGCUCUUUUGUUGUCAAAACCCGCUUGUGCAUUAUGUGGGCAGGUCAAGGCAAGGUACGGGUGCUGGUCACUGUCCUUGUCGACUUUACAAAGUCUUCUUGGCUUAAAUCUACGAUUGAGAAAGCCACCAUCGAUGGUCAAACCAGUUAUUACAAGUCUCUUGAUGUUGCUAUUCGUGGCUAUCUUCAACCCACACCACCUCCAUCAGCACCGCCUUUAAGCACCAAGCAACAACGUCGUCAGCGUCGUCAACAGCAACAACAGCAACAACGAACGCAAGAGAUUGACCCUCGUGGAGCAUCAUCAUCAUCGGGUCAAGCGACCAAAGGAGGUGCUAAAUCCACAACAUGGCUGGAUAAUGUGAUUCAAAUGCUCCAACAAUACCAACUUCCAUCCAUGCAACACCUGACAGUUCUUUGCAUGUUCUUGCUUGUGUUCAUUAAUUUGUUCAUUGCUAGCAAAAUGGGCCAUGUCACACAACGGCUGGAAAAUGAUGUCGUUGCCAGCUGCAAAUCCUCAUCUGCAGAUGCAUUCAAUAACAAUCAACAAUACCAGCAACGCUUCCUGGAAUUGGAACGUAUGAUUCGUCAAGCGGGUAAUAGCAUCGAUCAAGUAUCCAAAGCAGUGGAGGAACAACAACGCAUCAUGGUUCAACGUAAUUGGCCUUCUUUUUAG